GCUGCCCUCGGCUGGGACUGUUUGAUGCAGAGUCGAGGAGGAUGUCCCGGGGAGAGAUCGUCCAGGUCCCCGACGAUGCGCAUUUCACUUCGUUCAGGGAGCAGUGCGAGCGUCACGAAGGCUGGACGGUUCAGUACAGUAAGGGAGGCAUCACUGUGUGGAACCGACAGCCCGAGGAAAAUAAAACCGUGCAGAAGCUAAAGAUGAGAAUUAACUGCAAGGAUGUUCCAGCAGAGACUCUUUAUGAUGUUCUUCAUGACACACACUACAGAAAGAAAUGGGACACGAACAUGAUUGAAACUUACGAUAUUGGCCGACUAACGGUGAAUGCAGAUGUUGGGUAUUAUUCCUGGAGGUGUCCAAGUCCGUUGAAGAAUAGAGAUUUUGUUACCCUGCGAUCGUGGCUUCCCCUUGGCAAUGACUACAUGAUCGUCAACUACUCGGUGAAACAUCCGAAAUAUCCACCAAAGAAGGACAUAGUACGGGCUGUCUCACUGCAGACUGGAUAUUUCAUUAAAUCCAAUGGAGCCAACAGCUGUACAUUGUACUACUUGACCCAAGUGGAUCCACGAGGGUCAUUACCGAAAUGGGUUGUGAAUAGAGUCUCACAGUUUGUAGCUCCCAAGGCCAUGAAGCGGAUUUAUAAAGCCUGCUUGAAGUAUCCCGACUGGAAGCAGAAACACAACCCGCACUUCAAGCCCUGGGUCUACCCAGAGCAGAACACCCUGCCCAGUGUUAGCCUCUCAGACCUGUCGCUGCAGCACGCAUCCUCACUGGAAAAUAUUGAUGAGAGCGGAUUGUCCGAGGAGAAGGUCCACAUCAGCGACGAGGAAGAUAGCUACUCCAAGGAAUCUUAACAGAUGCAGGAGAGUGUGGAAA